AUGCCGUUCACCUGCUCAGACUGUAGGAAGCGAUUCACUCGCUCAUCCACACUGCAGAAACACCAGCUAGUCCACGCCGGGGAGAAGCCAUUCACUUGCUCUGAAUGUGGGAAUGGAUUCACUGGGUCAUAUCAGCUGAAGGUGCAUCAGGGAGAUCACACUGGGAAGAAACCAUUCAGCUGCUUUCAAUGUGGGAAGGGAUUCACUCUGUCAUCUCAAUUGAAGGAAUAUCAGAGAAAGCCAUUCACGUGCCAUGAAUGUGGGAAAGGAUUCACUCAGUCAUCUCAUCUGAAGCGAGUUCACACUGGGGAGAAACUGUUCAGCUGCUUUGAAUGUGGGAAGGGAUUCACUCAGUCAUCAGACUUUAAAGUACAUCAGCGAAUUCACACAGGGGGAUGCCACUCACCUGUUCUGAAUGUGGGAAAGGAUUCGCUCAGACAUUUCAAUUGA